ACCAGCGAGAAGGAAAACAGGAAACGCGAAAGUUUUCUGAUGCGUCAUGAGGGACCAAUAAUGGUUGCCCUACAUUAUUGCAUAAAAAAACGCUCCCACUUGCAUGUACCGUUCCUCGGUUUUCAGCUUCAAGUUUCUAUAUCACUACUCCUUUACCUCCUCUGUUAGCUGACAUUUGUACCGAUCCGGGGAGAUUGUUGCAUCUUGAAGUUGUAGAGAUCGACAGCAAGUUCACCAUCUUCGAGUUGCAGAGAUCGAGAGGAAGUCAGUUGAUUGGUUGUGUUCCAUCAAAAAUGGAUGCCGACAGCCAGUCUGUUCAUCAAUCACAGAGCCCAGGGUCCCUGCCUUCACGGAUUUUUGCAACUGAUUGCUAUCCAGACUAUGCAGUGCGAAUUAACUCUUACUCUAAACCCAAGUACUUGAUUGAUAUUUGGAAAAUACUUCAAGGGAUGCCAGAAUUGGAUCGGUUGGUGGCAUCCCCGCUUGGGAAGCUUUUCUCUCUCCAUGUUCGUCAAUGUUCAUUGUCUGGACAGUUGGUUCACCAAAUGCUUUGUAGGCAGCUCUAUACAGAGAAUAUUGAUGAGUUGUGGUUCGUAUUUGGGGGUCGUCCUUUACGGUUUUCUCUGCAAGAGUUUGCAGAUGUUACUGGCCUACGAUGCUACCCUUUGCCUCCGGAGAAUGAACUCACCGCUACAACCACUCAUUCUGAAGGUGACUCCCCUUACUGGUACACGUUACUUGGCGGAACACUUGGUUCUUUGACAAUUAAAGAAAUUGUCAACCGCUUAAAAUCUGAAACAGGUAUGCCUAUGUGGCGUAAAUUUAGACUUUGUCUCAUUGUUAUUGUGGAGGGCAUACUUCUAUGUAGAAAUCAACCAGUCAAACCAUCGGCCGAAGUGGUUGAGAUGGUUAAAGAUGUUGACUUCUUCUUAAACUAUCCUUGGGGUCGCCACUCAUUUACAAGGCUCUUGUGGAUGGUGAAAGUUGGAAGCUAUCUGCCAACCCCAGCGUCUUUGCUAACGAAGCUUAAACAGUCGUCCAUGGCUGUCCACGGUUUCCUCUUGCAAUCCAGUUGUUUGCAUUCACAUAUGUUCCGUUGUUGCUCAAAUACCUCCCUCAUGGCAGAGAUACGUCCACCUUCCUUGACGAAGCUGUUCUCAUUCUUCCAAAGUGCAAGUCAUUCCAUACAACAACGAUUUUCGAUGUUGAAAAUGAUCCCGCCUUGUUCGUGAUGUCUCCCAAACCUCGCCAGCAUGCCUUCAUAACAUCUGCCUGUUAUGACCCCAAGGUUAAACAUUUAGAGAGCCUUAUUGUUAAUGGCUAUCCAUUCAUCAAGGAAAGCUGGUCUGGAGGUGAUGCAUUGCUACCUCCUCUCAUGUAUGCACAGAAACGUAAACUAUUACAUCCAAUAUGCUCGACUCAACAUUCGGAAACAGACAGAAAUGGGAAAAAAAAAAUUGGGUCAGAACCUCCGGAUUACUGACGACGUUGACUCUGUCCUAGAGGUUAAACUUAUGACCUUCAAGGCGUCUCUUAUGGGUGAAGUUUGUUAACUUCUCCACCAACGUCAGUUUGCAGCCUUUGGCGACGUUGAUCAAGUUUCAAUCUCUGCAGGACUUUUACCUGCCGAUGGUCAUUCACCAAUUUCUGCUAAUAGGUCAUCACUGAUUAGUGAGUUACAUCCCUCUGAUCCAAUGCCCUUGACCUCUACUGCCGGCCAAAACCAAUCGUCGCUCCUUCCCUCAUCGAAAGGGUAUUCUUAUUUGCACUCUCUGAAUGUCGUUGCUACCUCGUCAAAGGUCCCUGUGCGUGCAGUUACCAGUCAUACUGCUCAGGCAUCACCUGCUCCACUGACGAGGCAGCAUUCCAUUCUGCUCUCUGCCCUACCCAAACAACCUUCUCGUAUAUCUUUGCUCCACGAAGCCGCAAAGUACUCUUCCAAUAUAUCCUCUAGACGUUCUGGAAAUAAAGAAAUAGUUGAUUUGGUUUAUGUGACACACCCUCCCAUGGCAACGUAUAAAAAUUCUUCUCUCCAUUCACCAAGAGCGGUUUAUGCAGAUUCAAAGGGGAAUUCUCUAACGUUUUCUUCUGGCGACAAUGAAUGUAACGCAGAGGGCAGCGGCGGCUCAGACCUCUCUGACCUACAUAUCAUCGACACACAACGUUGCAGCUCUGCUCCUGCAAUGAAUCUGCGUAGUGAAAAGGACAAAAAUAAAAUUGAAAGUCAGCUGAAUACUCCAUUAGAGUCCACUACCCGUUGUAAACAACUAAAUGGCCCAAAGAGUAAGCCAAUAGUCCAUGCCCAAUACAUGUGCAGGAAGUCCCGUUCAGUUCGUUGCAAACAGAGCCAUCAGAAUGCAUUAUUCCCGUUGGAUCUAUGAAGAGUUUGUUUCUAAUGCUUUGCCUACUCAGUACUUUCUAUACUGUCUCACUGUCACCUCAUACACAAUCUGCCUUUCCUGGCUUCAACUGUUACUUAUUUGUCCAUUAUCAGACAAUGUAAGACUAUCUCCAUUACAUACCAAGUUAUAGUUUUUAAAGCAUUCUGAUC